AUGGCAAGACCUACGCCGCAGCCUAGUCCUCUUGAAACGACAACUGACGUUCUGGCCAGUCAUCCAAGCUCGAGCAAGACCUCGCUACGCAGCCGCCGUGCCAUCCGCGUGCCGUGCGUUGCUGCUCUCCGCUUCUCUUAUUGCCUCGCCAAAAAUGGCUACAACCAGGAUCGCUGUCAGCGCCUAGUCGACGCUCUUUACGACUGCUGCGAUGCGUUUUAUGCUCGUCAGGGCGACACUGCCUCUACGCCUAGCUGUCCCAGACCUGACCUGCUGCGGCUCAAGCUCAGCCAGCGGAAGACUUGA